AUGGCAUCCCCCACCGCACGCUCGCCGGCGAAGAGCGCCUGGGCAGGCCUCGGCCUGCACAGCCACGUCCAGGCGAAGCUCGACCAGACCCCCAGCCUCCGCCCAGACGACCUCCGCCGCCAGACCAUCCACGCCAUCCUCCACGCACACCACACCCACAUCCGCAUCCCCCCCGCAACCAGCACCACCCUCGUCCUCCACGCCGCCCUCCAGACAGUCCUCCGCAGCCACCCAACCCACCUCAACCACCCCUCCAUCCUCCUCCUCGCCACCCACCCCGCCGCACUCCACCCCCAUGCACGCGCCGCCGCCCGCCUCAGCCACUCCGCUCAGCCCGCCCAGCACGCCCCGCGCUCCCUCGACGCCGACCUCCAGCUCGCCCGCGCCCCCGGACCACGCCCGCCGAUCUGCAUCACCACCCUCCCCCGCGCCGGCCUGCUCCUCCAGCACAACGCCCUCCACCUCCACCCCCUCGCCAUCCUCGUCCUCGACCUGCGCAGCCCGCCCGCCCUCAACCACCACUCAACCGCCGAGCUCCGCCCCCUCCUCACCGCCCUCCCCGCCCACGUCCAGCUCGUCGUCCUCCAGUCUCUCAACUCCCAUCUCCCCCCCGCACUCGCCGCCCUCCUCGACCGCACCGUCGAACGCUCCAUCAGGACCAACCUCCAAGCCACCCCCGACCUCUCCUCCUCCUCCUCAUCCGCCGAAGCCUCAUCCAGCCCCGCCCUCUCCCUCAUGAUCCCCUCCCCCCCCCUCGCUCACCACCACCACCACCACCACUCCCUCCCCCGGCCUCAUCAACAUCACAGACAGCUAUCAGCACAAAGAUCACCACCCCCUGCUCACAUUCACCAACAGAAAACACCCCCGGCCUAUCUGAAAAAAACAAAAACAACCUAUUCUUGA